GCUGGGAGCGAGAGGCGCGGUCGGCCCCGCCGGGCCUGGGGAGAGAGGCGGGUCCUGUCGGCGGGGAUCUCCACUACUGCGGCCACACACUUCUCCCAAACGCUUCCCGGAAAGCACCGGGAUUUUAAAAACUUUAGGCUUUGUCUUUUCUUCUUCUUCUUCUUCUUCUUUUUUUUUUUGGUGGGGGAAACAAUAUAGAAGGCUUUUCCUUCUCUGCAACGAUUUUGUGGCUUCCUAGAAGUCAGGAGAGUGUUGGUCAUGGGAAAGAAGGUUGAAUUCAGUCUGCCCACAUGGGCGUGCCUAGCUUUAGAACAGCGCUAUUUAGGAGAAGUUGGAAGUUACACCGUUUGGGAUUCGCAGAGGCAUUUUUGGAACAUCUUUGGAAAAAAUUGCAGGAUCCAAGUAAUCCCGCCAUCAUCAGGCAGGCUGCUGGAAAUUAUAUUGGAAGCUUUUUGGCAAGAGCUAAAUUUAUUCCUCUUACUACUGUAAAAUCAUGCCCAGAUCUUUUGGUUAACUGGCUGCACAUAUACCUUAAUAACCAGGAUUCGGGAACAAAGGCAUUCUGCGAUGUUGCUCUCCAUGGACCAUUUUACUCAGCCUGCCAAGCUGUGUUCUACACCUUUGUUUUUAGACACAAGCAGCUUUUGAGCGGAAACCUGAAAGAAGGUUUGCAGUAUCUUCAGAGUCUGAAUUUUGAGCGGAUAGUGAUGAGCCAGCUAAAUCCCCUGAAGAUUUGCCUGCCCUCAGUGGUUAACUUUUUUGCUGCAAUCACAAAGAAAGUUAUUUAUGCUUUCUUGAUGGGAGUUAUUUAAAAUAUUUUUAUUUAUGUUUAUCUAGUAUUGUAAGAGUCUGUUAAAUUUCUAUGAAAUUAGUAACAUUAUAAAAGGCCAGGCAUGGUGGCUGAUGCCUGUAAUCUCAACAUUUUGGGAGGCUGAGGUGGGAGGAUUGCUUGAGGCCAGGAGUUAAAAGACCAGCUUGAGCAACAUAGUGAGACCCUAUCUCUAUAAAAAAAUUUUAAAAAUUA